AUGGCGUCUGACACCCCCGAGUCCCUGAUGGCCCUCUGCACCGACUUCUGCCUGCGCAACCUGGACGGCACCUUGGGCUACCUGCUGGACAAGGAGACCCUGCGGCUGCAUCCGGACAUCUUCCUGCCCAGCGAGAUCUGUGACCGGCUCGUCAACGAGUACGUGGAGCUGGUCAAUGCCGCCUGCAACUUUGAGCCGCACGAGAGCUUCUUCAGCCUCUUCUCUGACCCCCGCAGCACCCGCCUCACCCGCAUCCACCUCCGCGAGGACCUGGUGCAAGACCAGGACCUGGAGGCCAUUCGCAAGCAGGACCUGGUGGAGCUGUACCUGACCAACUGCGAGAAGCUGUCCGCCAAGAGCCUGCAGACUCUGAGGAGCUUCAGCCACACCCUGGUGUCCCUGAGCCUUUUCGGCUGUGCGAACAUCUUCUACGAGGAGGAGAACCCCGGGGGCUGCGAAGACGAGUGCCUUGUCAACCCCACCUGCCAGGUGCUGGUCAAGGACUUCACCUUUGAGGGCUUCAGCCGCCUGCGCUUCCUCAAUCUGGGCCGCAUGAUUGAUGGGGUCCCUGUGGAGUCCCUGCUGCGGCCCCUCAACUCGCUGGCCGCCUUGGACCUCUCGGGCAUCCAGACGAGCGACGCAGCCUUCCUCACCCAGUGGAAAGACAGUCUGGUGUCCCUCGUGCUCUACAACAUGGACCUGUCGGAUGACCACAUCCGCAUCAUCGUCCAGCUGCACAAGCUGCGACACCUGGACAUCUCCCGAGACCGCCUCUCCAGCUACUACAAGUUCAAGCUGACUCGAAAGGUGCUGAGCCUCUUCGUGCAGAAGCUGGGGAACCUGAUGUCCUUGGACAUCUCCGGCCACAUGAUUCUGGAGAACUGCAGCAUCUCCAAGAUGGAUGAGGAAGCGGGACAGACCAGCAUCGAGCCUUCCAAGAGCAGCAUCAUGCCUUUCCGGGCCCUGAAGAGGCCACUGCAGUUCCUUGGGCUCUUCGAGACUUCCCUGUGCCGCCUGACGCACAUUCCGGCCUACAAAGUGAGUGGUGACAAAAACGAGGAGCAGGUAUUGAACGCCAUCGAGGCCUACACGGAGCACCGGCCGGAGAUCACCUCACGGGCCAUCAACCUGCUUUUCGACAUCGCACGCAUUGAACGCUGCAACCAGCUUCUGCGGGCCCUGAAGCUGGUCAUCACGGCCCUCAAGUGCCACAAGUAUGACAAGAACAUCCAGGUGACCGGCAGCGCCGCCCUCUUCUACCUGACCAAUUCCGAGUACCGCUCGGAGCAGAGCGUCAAGCUGCGCCGGCAGGUCAUCCAGGUGGUGCUGAAUGGCAUGGAAUCCUACCAGGAGGUGACGGUCCAGCGGAACUGCUGCCUGACUCUCUGUAACUUCAGCAUCCCAGAGGAGCUGGAGUUCCAGUACCGCCGCGUCAACGAGCUCCUGCUCAGCAUCCUCAACCCCACGAGGCAGGACGAGUCGAUCCAGCGCAUCGCCGUGCACCUGUGCAACGCGCUGGUCUGCCAGGUGGACAAUGACCACAAGGAGGCCGUGGGCAAGAUGGGCUUUGUCGUGACCAUGCUGAAGCUGAUUCAGAAGAAGCUGCUGGACAAGAUAUGCGACCAGGUGAUGGAGUUCUCCUGGAGCGCCCUGUGGAACAUCACAGAUGAGACGCCCGACAACUGCGAGAUGUUCCUCAACUUCAACGGCAUGAAGCUCUUCCUGGACUGCCUGAAGGAGUUCCCAGAGAAGCAGGAGCUGCAUCGGAAUAUGCUGGGACUGUUGGGGAACGUGGCAGAGGUGAAGGAGCUACGGCCCCAGCUAAUGACUUCCCAGUUCAUCAGUGUCUUCAGCAACCUGCUGGAGAGCAAGGCAGAUGGAAUUGAGGUUUCCUACAACGCCUGCGGCGUCCUCUCCCACAUCAUGUUUGAUGGGCCUGAGGCCUGGGGCAUCUGUGAACCCCAGCGGGAGGAGGUGGAGGAGCGCAUGUGGGCAGCCAUCCAGAGCUGGGACAUCAACUCACGGAGAAACAUCAAUUACAGGUCAUUUGAGCCAAUUCUUCGCCUCCUUCCCCAGGGCAUCUCACCUGUCAGCCAGCACUGGGCCACCUGGGCCCUCUACAACCUGGUGUCUGUCUACCCGGACAAGUACUGCCCUCUGCUGAUCAAAGAAGGCGGGAUGCCCCUCCUGAGGGACAUGAUCAAGAUGGUGACCGCGCGGCAGGAGACCAAGGAAAUGGCCCGCAAGGUUAUUGAGCACUGCAGUAACUUUAAAGAGGAGAACAUGGACACGUCCAGAUAA